AUGCAUACCUCACCGGAAAAAGUCGCCCAAGUAAUCGCUUUAAUCGAAAAUGGACUUAAACAGAGAGCUGUAGCUCGGCAACUACAUAUGACACGCGGAGCGGUUCGAAGAGUGUGUGAACGAUAUGAGGAGACUCGAUCCUUUCGUAGGCGACCUGGAACUGGUAGAAAGAGAUAUACAACGGAUAGUGAUGACCGCUUUAUUAUGUCAACAAUGUUAAGAAAUCGGCGUCUUAAUGCUAUUCAGCUGCAGCAACAGCUCCGUGAAACACGAGGAGUGACUAUCAGUCAGUGGACAGUAAGACGAAGAUUGAAGGAAAGUAACAUGACACCCCAAAACGCCCGAAAUUUGUCCAAAACUUACCCCAGCUCAUCGUCAAGCACGCCUGCGUUUUGCACGGGAACAUCUGAAUUGGACACUAGAACAAUGGGAAUCUGUUUUACUCUCAGAUGA